AAAUGCAAAUUGAUUCAAAAAGAACUAAAUCAGAAUCAGUUUCUCGAGAAAUUAAUCCUUUACAACUAUCUAUCAAAUCAGAACUAUCUAUGUCAAAAACUAUCCUCGCAUAUACAAAAAGUCUCCAAUAUAAGAGAACGAAAGGCUGUUCCUCAUAA